AUGCUACCCUUUCAACUGAAUUUAUUGACUUAUGCAGCCUUGCUGCAGCAAGCACAGCAGCAAACUUCACGGAUUCUUCAGAAUUAUACCAAUGAUGCACGACCUGACGCUCCAUCAGCUCCACCGCAGUCCUCAAGAAGGGAAGAGCAGCAGCAAUCCAGAAGCGAAGAAGAGUCCCAGUCAUCGAGAAGACAAGAAGAAUCGAGGCCACCGAGAAGGCAACCUCAUCGACGUUGUGGAUUCAACUUAGAAGCGCCAAAGUUCCCUGCACAAGUAGAUCGAAGUCAACAAGGAAAACACCCGAUCCUGCGCUAUGCAAUACCAGGAAGUCCGUUGUGCUACACAUUCCAUCAUCUUCGCACGAACUCCACCUAUGAAGUAUACCGAUGUACGGGAUGCAAAUGCAUGGGAACAAACACAAUGAUAGCUGUAGGGGUUACUGUGAAAAUGAAGAUGUACAUUAAUAUUAAUGUCAAGGCGAUCAACAACGAGUUCCUGGGAGAUCCAUCUGCCUUGUCGCACGACUGCCUACCCGCGAAGAUCGCACAGGAUAAAGUGGAAAGACUGGUGUAUAAGGAUUGCGAAAACAUCAGAAAGGACAAGAGACGUGUGGAGACAACAACGCGAAAGGCAUGGCAAGAAAUAGAGAAUCACAUAGAAGAAAACGAGGGCGAGAACGAGACGCAGAAGCUCGACAUGCUUCACUACUUCCACAGAGAUGGCUACGAGUCAAGGCGCAGCACCAUAAAAAGGGCCAUUAAAAGCCUAGACGAUAAAAGCUGCACUAUGGAUCACGUACCUCGCAUAUACUCCCACUUCUCCGAUGGCGAAAGAUUCCUGCAGUUCCAGACUCCAGAUCUGCAUAUGUAUUACUCAACCACAACCAUCGAAAAGGCGCAGAGGUUUGGGCUGUACGCACUUGUAGCGGACGGCGUGCACGAUCUCCAGCCCGAUGCAACAGCCAAAUGUGGACAGCUCUACACUGUGCACGGAGUAUGCAACGACACCAUGGACGCUCCCCUCCUGUAUGCCAUCACCACUACCAAGAACGAGAGGACGUACGAGUUGAUAUUCGCUCAACUGAAAGAAGAACUGCAGAGAUCAGGCCGCUUGGAUAGAUUGCGCGUGGUAUUGGACUUCGAAAGAGCUUCGAUAGGUGCAGCUCGGAAAGUAUUUCCCUUUGCUUCCGUCGAAGGGUGCGGCUUUCAUCUCGCCGUGGCAUGGAAUAGAAAAAAAGAUGCGCUAGGAAUAAGGAAGUAUUUGAGGAGAAGAUUCGUAAAUCGUGACAAAAGCGUAUGGAUGUGGUGGAACGUCAUCAAGGGGAUCAUGUUCUUGCCGCCUGCACUUCACAAAAGAGUCCCAUCAUUGUAUCGGCCUGACUUACCAAGGAAUCACGAAGCAUAUCAAAAAUGCGAGGAGUUCUUGCGCUACCUGAAGUCUACAUGGUAUGAGGGACCUUUUAAGGGAAUGUGGAAUAAGUGGGGCAUCAAGGAUACGCGAACGACAAACGCAGCUGAAGCGUUCCACAGGAAGUUAGGCACGCUGCUAGAAUGCAAGUACCCCCUUAUGUCAAGGCUGCUUGAAGAACUGAAGAGUUGCAAUACUAACGCUAAAGGAGACUUUCUCAAUAUGGAAAGACGACCCACGGAUGGAAGACGGUUAAGGCGGAGGGAUUUGAGAAGGCGUGAGAAGAUACUCAAGAUGAUGGCGGCGUACAGAAGCAGAUUCGAAAGAAGAAACACAAUCAGAACGAGCACAAACCAGAUCAUGAAGUACUGCAGAAAGAUGGCAACGUUUGUAACAAGCAAAACCAAUUGAACAAACAAUAUAGCA